AUGGUAUUAUACAAGAGAAAACCUAUUGUAUUGCCAACCCCGAAGGCAUUGCCUAGUAAGUUAAGUUGUCGAGUAUGGCAUAUCAAGGAGACUGGGGAAUGGUUUGUGACUUACCAGGAGUAUUUGGAUAGGAUGGAUUUUUAUAUGAAGCAUUUUUUUACCUGUGAGAUAACCGGGACUUCGUGCUUGACGUUUUUCGAUGCAUUGAAUAGUGAAGAAUAUCAAUUUAAAAAUGUCGAAGAGAAAUUUCCAUUGAAGCUGCGAGAGCCAGUUGCGAGGUUUUUGCAUUUUAACGAAGUUCGAAGAUUGGACUUAUUGGUUGAGCAGGUCUAUGCGAAAUUCAAGUCUGAUUUCUUUCCUGGAGAGAUUGUAUAUUUGAGGAAAAAUCGUCAAGAAAUGACACCUAAUCCUGAUGAUUCGCAAGGAGAUGGUGAGAGACAGAUGCCUCAGGUAACUCAGAAUGCUGUUGCUUCUAAUAAUAAUGCACAACAGCUGCAUUAUCAGAAGCCCUAUGUUAUAAAAGAAAAGGCGCACUUCAACGCACUCAUUGAUCCAGUAACAAGGAAACAAUUAUCUCCAGCGUAUUCCAAGUAUAUGUUGACCGAAGAAAAUGCGGCCGCAAAUUCUAACUACGUUAUUUUUGAUCAAUCACAGAUAUAUCGUGAUAGGUCUACCUUCACGAAGCACUUGAUAAAGUGCUUUUGUAAGAUUACUUUACGACGCGCUUCUUCGAAGAUUGGGGCACCUUGGUGUGUUAAGGAAGAAUACUUACCUAUAUAUGGUAUAACGAUGGAAUGGCCUCCAGAGAUGUCGAAAUAUAAAGAUGAUCCUGUGGAAACACGAGUGGCUCCUUCGACAGCUAAGCGGUCCUAUGAAGAAUUCGGUGCUGAAGAGUUGCCCUACAUGAUUGAAGAAAAUAAGACAGCAGAAUACUCCACAGUAGGUAACACAGGUGAAAUUAAGAAAAGAGUAAAGAAAGAAGAUGCUUAUAAUUCAAACCCAACAAGUAAUGGAACUGGUUUAGCAGAUGAGGACACGAAAAGGAGAACACAGGAGCAAGCGGACCAGGUGGGAUCAGAAUUUUCUAUACAGGCAGAUACUGUUCCAGUAACUUCUAUUAUGGAGGAUAUGAUAUUACCAUAUGUAGGUCCCCAUCGGCCUUUAUCCAGUUUGUCUAUGUUAAACAACGAGUUGGAAUACAUACCAGUUAAUUCUGGUGCUGAACAGUUCAAUGAAUUCCAGAAACUAAUUCAAUGCUAUACUUUCUUGAAUACGUUCAGUGAGAAAUUAUUUUUAUCAUACUUUACAUGGGAUGAUUUUAUUACUUCAAUAAAAUGUACUGACGUUAAAUGUUUAUCUGGGAAAUACGUUGAAGUGCGGCUCACAAAAGGCGAUAGGAGGGAUAAUAAUGGAGAGAUAUCUGAAGAUGACUCACUAAUAUUAGAGGGAUGCCAAACGUUAAAACAUCCAUCGGUACCCAAGGAUGUUUACGAAUAUAUCAAUUCAAAGAAUAACGGUUAUAUUUCCUAUGUAAUACAAGAAGCCGAUACAGUUGAUGAUACGUAUCUGGAUGCGAUCAACGAAAAUGGUAGUGCAUUACUUGUGGAGUGCUUUGUAGCCCUUCUUAGGUUAUUUUUGGAUGAAGAUAGUACCUGGAAAACGGUGGUUAUGGAGAACUGGUACGACGAUGAUGAUGCGAACCAGGAUAAGUACGAAGAAUUUGAUAGAGUUGAACAUUUAGAUGGCAAUAAAGAAAAUAACAAUCCUACAACCACUACAGAAGGUGGCACCUUACAUUCGAAAAGUUCAACAGGAAGUCCCAAUCAGAAUGGGAAUGAAAGCAAGGCAGAAAAGACUAAUGGCAAUAUAAAUGAAGAAGAAGAUAGUCAUUCUGAGCAAGAAAACAGUGAAGAUUCCCAUAACAUUUCUAAUCCAAAAAUCGAUAGCUUGCUGGAGAAAUGCCUCAAUUUUAGAAAAAUAACUUGGUCUGAAAGGUUAACUAAAAGGCAGUUCCAAAAUGGGUUUUGGAUUAUAACUCUAUUGGGAAUAUACCAAGAUUGUAUGCAUUUACCAAUGUAUACAGAAUUCAUUCACCAUUUUAUCGAGGCCGUCAUCCCUAAGGAAUCUACUUCCCAAUUAAACAAAAUUCUUUGGAGAAACUUUUGUAAGAACUUAACCAGUGAGCAGAAAGUGACAGCGAUAUGGAUUCUAGUUGAUUUGUGUUCGAACUUUUCGCAAGAUAUUAAAGAUGCUGUCGAAACAUCUAUGGAAUUGUGCGGAAAGAUUCGUAGCGAGCGUUAUAAGGUUGGGAGAGAUUUAAAAUCAGAAUCUCAAAAACUGUCAGAAUUGCAAGAAUCAUUGAAGAAGUUGCCAAUUGAAGCAGCAGAAAGUACUGAAGCUGUUGAAUUAGCAAACAAAAUUAAGAGUCAGGAGGAGGCAGUUUCCCAUCUACAGGAUGACAAAGUUUAUCUAGACCGAGUGUUAUAUGAGAACGAUUUUCAGCGCCUAAGACCAUUGGGUGUAGACAGAUAUGGGAAUAAAUAUUACUGGUUAGAGUUUUGUGGCGUGCCUAGAUCAUUGCCACAAGAUAAAGAAACUAAGGUCUCGUUGAAAAGUGGGCGGAUCUGGAUUCAAGGUCCUAACAGCUGGAACGCUUCAUUUAUUUUGGGAGUUUCUCAAGAGCAGGUUGAUUCUUGGAACCAUUUACGCUAUUCAUUAGGUGCAGCUGAAGCAACAAAGACGGUUUUCAAAGUAUAUCGUGCGGACGAUGGAAGUUAUAGAGCCUGUGGCACUAACUCAGACCAAGAAGAUGUGGAAUUGGUCAACGCAAAGGGUAUCGUUACCACUACCGAAAAGCUAACUGCUUUGCAAAAGAAAAUCAUCGACGAAACACCAGAAGCAUUACUGUUAACUGAUUCUCAGUGGUACUGCAUUAAUUCGAUAGAUGACUAUAACACGUUGGUUGACUGGUGGGAUAACUGGGGAAGAAGAGAACAUGAUUUGCUUAAGCAAGUCAAGAGCAUUGAAGCGGAGAUAUGCAGUAGUCUUGAACAUGACUUACUAUCCUCAAACAUUCGGAUGCAGCAACAAAAUUUGAAGCAACAAUUACAGGAAAAUGAACUUAUAGAUGAAGAACUUCAUAUAAAUAGCACUGAUACUGAAGACGAAAAUGAUGAACAAUUCAAAGACGACGAGCAGCUAGAGGCCAUCGCAAAUGAAAUUAUGAAACUUGACGAUUCCUCAAAAACCAGGAAGAUCUUGACAAGAAUACGUGAACUGGAGCGUGAGCGCGAUGCUUUACUGGCCAGAAAACGAUCACUCGAAACUUCCAAUAAAGCAAGCCCGCGUGUCCAACUACGGACAGAACGUAGGCGUUACAGGACAAGUCGUGAUAAAAAACUAAAGCUCAAGGAAGAAAUAUUGACCGAGCUAAUCAACCUUCCAUUCACAGAACCACAAAAUCAAGUAAUUAAAUGGGAGAAUGAGGUAGCAAAAAAGUUUUGGAAAGUUUCUUUAACGAAGGGAGCAAAUGGUAAGCCUAAAGUCGAUGUGCAGCAUUCAGUUGAGGAUAAAAUCUCCUCUGUUUUAAAGAAUACGCUAAAGCAUCAAGACUCGGCUGCAGCAUGA